UUUUGAGCACAUGCGCAAGGAUUUGAGCUCGUGCCCAGCGGAACAACGGCCACUCUCAUAAAAGCAGGCGACACGACAGAAGGCUCACUUGUUCUCUUGUGUGAAAAUUCGAUUGGUCUUGGACUCAUUUCUCGUGUGGAAAAGACAACUAACUAAAGACGAUGGCCAACGAGUUCUUGAUGACCAAAUGGCGUCUCUGGUAUCAAUCUCUUGACGUCAACCAUGAUAAAGUGAUAUCCCUUGAUGACGUCGAGGAAUCUCGGAAGAAAUUUUCUGAGCUUCAUCAUCUUAGCGCUGAAGAGAAGGAAUCAACCAUGAAAAGCAUUGAGCAAUGGUGGGAAAAGUACAUCUUUCGAGGCAGUUCAGGACAAGAAAUAACACAGGAGCAGUUCUUGAACCGACUGAACGCCGAAUUCAAAAGCAACAAAGAAAAGUUUAUUAAAGACAAGAGGGAUUGUUUUUCCACUAUCUUAGGAGUGAUCGAUAUCAACCAUGACAAGUUUAUCGAUCAGGAUGAGUUUGUCUUAUGUUUUCGCGCUUACGGUCAUGAAAAUUUAACCGCCGAUACCGAUUUCUUUAAUGCAUACAAACCGGUCGAUGGUAAAGUUCCGGUGAAAGUGAUCGUAGAUAGUUGGACGGAUUUUUUGAGCAGCGAAGAUUCAUCUAAGGAGUCAAUUGAGAAAAAAGCCUUUGAAUCGGGUGUUUAAUCUUAAACAUUAUUAACAAGAAACCAAGUAAAAGUUUUGUCAUAGACAAUAUGAAUUUUUAUAACGUAAUUCAUCAAUUUCAUUAUCCUUGGUCGAAUAAGAACCAAAAAUCGGCAGCCGCUUUCAGUGAUAUCGAAAAUAAUUUAGUUUGGACUUAUUUUUUGAAACAAACUAUGGUUCAACGAUAAAGUUAAAGUAAUCUUCUCAUUGUAUGGUCAGUGUUUACACUAAAAAACUAUAAGGUUUGAACAGUAAAGAAGUAUAAACCCGCCACCGUCCAUCCCUCUCCCAUCCCUGACAAAAAAAAAUGUUCUCGUUAUGAAUCGAUUUAUCCGCUAUUGUAGCGGUCAUUUUUUGGUCUUACCAAACAUGUGUACAAAUUAACCAAAUGUUGCAUUUUUAACCUCUAUUUGAUCUUUAUGUGUUGCAAUGUCAAAACGAUCUGAUUGUUUUGUUGUUUGGUAGACAUUAUUAGUUAUUAAAUUAUCAGAAACUC